AAACGUCAGCCAGCUCAUUCAUUCGUUCGUUCGGUACUUUUUUCGCGAGUUGCCCCGCACAAGUUAAAGAGUGAAAGAACAUUCGGAUUAAUCCGCCGCGAAAUCCAGAAUCGAUUGAUCCGUCCGAGCCGAAAAGUGGUGCCAAAUUGGCACAGUGAAGUUGUUUGUGGGGUGGGAGAUGAUGUGAUUGGCUUUUUUGAAGCUUGAAAGUGGCAACGCAAUUUUCACCAGGUGACGCGUUGAACCCGAGAUUUCUUUCACGGGAUCUCGUUCCUCCUUCAAAGAAGAACAGCAGGAGAAGAAGGAAGAUUCCCGGUUGCUGUCGUGCCUCGCCGUGUUGUGAGCUUCCGAAAAUAUCGGCAAAAUAUUAUCAGCAGCAGAAGCAAGUUAAAGCAAAGGCGGUUCAUUCUGCCGAGUUACAUUACAAGCAGCUUUUGUGAGUCAAUAAAAUUUGAUUGAAACGGAGCAGCGAGCGCUGGACGUCGUCACUUGCUAAAAGGAAGAAAUUAUUCAUGGAAGAAGGAAAUUUGCAGCAGAAAUCACAGAGAGUUGGUAGCGUCGCGUCGCUUCGAAGGUGCAAAUGAAGUGAAGUGAAGAGCCGUCCAAGUUCUGAAACAACAGGACGGGAGUAGCUGCAAGAAGAAGAAGAAGUCCCCGUCCGCGUCCCAAAUGUAUAAUGGAAAUUUUCAUGAGUGUUCCAAGAGUGCUUGUGCGAAACGAAGACGACGACCUGAGUCCCAGAGGACUGAGCUACAGAGGAAGCUGUAAUCGUAACGUGUUUUGACCUUGAAGAUUUCGGUGUGGAAAGAUUUGUGAAGUGAGGAAGAAGGUGCGUGUCAUCGCGUGAACAGCUUAGUCGUGCUGAUUAGACUAAACGACGCAAAUAACCAGUUGAAACCGGACGGCGGCGAUGACCUCGUCGUCCAGCAUCGAUUCCCAGUUUACACCGGGUGGCAACGCUGGCGGUGGUGGAGAUGGUGGCGGAAACCACCGGCGAUCGCCCCCUCUUCAGCAGCAAAACUACUACAGUCAUCACCAUCACCAGCAACAGCACCUGCAGCACUCGUACGGCGGUGCUUUGGUCACCGGUUCCAUGGCAACGACGCCACCGACGACGCCCCCGAUCGGCAAUGGGAAGUUGGGCCAGUCCGGCAUGCCGGCGCCGAUUCCGGCCACGAUUGGCAAUGGGAGUAUCGGUUGUGGUGGGAGUGCGAAACCGGUGAGGACCAUUUCGCGAAAUAGGGCCACCGUGGGCAGGGAUGGCGAGGGGAAGGCGACCUCGACCUCGUUGCCGUCGCGGGUGUCGCAGAUCUACUACAAACAUGGACUGUUCCUGUCCAGCUAUCCGACGUGUGCGACGAGCUUGUCGAUUGCGUUGAUUAUUUUUUGUUGCUACCCUCUGCUGAACAUCCCCCUGCCGGGGACGAUCCCGACCAAGGUGGUCUUUCCGUACACGGAACAGAUCGGCCAGAACCUGCACCUGACGAACGCCAACUCGAGCUCGGCCACGUCGGAGCUGUACAAUCCGUUCAGCUUCAACGGGAACAACAUCUUCAACAUCUACAACAUCAGCGUGGACCCGCCGUUUCCGUGGGCUCGGAUAGAGCCGCUGCUGUACGUGCAGCAGAUCAUCCUGCGGUCGAGCGUGGUACCGUGGACGAGCCGGUACAACGAUCUGCAGCUGACGGACGCUUAUCGGGGGCCGCUGUACGAGGUGUUUAAGCUGAUUGAGAUCGUGCGGAACCACGAGGAUGAGGGUAGUAAAACCACGCUCAGCGACAUCUGCCUGCACGUGGAGAACGUGAAGCGACCGUCGCAGCAGAUGCUCUUCCCGGAGUACAACUGUCUGCUGCUGUCUCCGGCCAACCUGUGGCAGCAAAACAUCCAGAACUUUAACAAGGACAGCAACCUGCUGAACACUGUGUUUGUGAAUCAUAACCUGCAAAAGUCCAAGGUGUCCACCUCGGAGAUGCUGUUUGGCAUCUCGCUGCGCGACACCGGCGUCAAGCGGUACCCGAUGCGGGUCCGCUCCCGCAUCAUCCAGUACGCGGUGACGCUGAUCCUGCGCGAAAACAACCCAACCUUCAUCAACUCCCUCAAGGAGAAGCUCACCCGGACGUACCCGCUGCACCAGCCGGUGGAAGAUCGCCAGCAGCAGCAGCAGGCGAGCCCGCUCGAUCAGUCCUCGAUCAUGUACAUCUUCUACCCGGGCGAGUUCGACUGGAAGGAGUUUCUGCCGCAGUGCAUCGCGAUCUCGAUGCUGUGGCUGUACGUGUAUUACUCGGUGCGGAAGAUCGAGGAGAUCCGAUCGCGGUUGGUGUUGGCGUCGAGUGCGGUGCUGACGGUGCUGGGGAGUUUGCUGAUGUCGCUGGGGAUGUGCUUCUUCUUUGGGUUGACGAUCAGCUUGCAGUCGAAGGGGGUGUAUCCGUACUUGGUGAUCUUGGUGGGGUUGGAGAAUGUGUUGGUGAUCACGAAGAGUGUGUUGACGACGGACAAUAAUUUGGAUGUGAAGAUUCGUGUUGCGCAGGGCCUGUCGAGGGAGGGGUGGUCGAUAACGAAGAAUCUGCUGCUGGAGAUCACGAUCUUGACGAUUGGGUUGUGCACGUUUGUGCCGGUUAUUCAGGAGUUUUGUAUUUUCGCGAUCGUGGGGUUGAUUUCGGACUUUUUCCUGCAAAUGAUGUUCUUCUCGACGGUGCUCGCGCUGGAUAUUAAACGGGUGGAGUACAGUGCGGAGGUGCGUCAGCUGCCGAAGAUGCUUUACUACAACAGUGAUCGUCGGAGUGAGAAGGAAGGUGCGAGGAAUGGCGGGAUUAGUCGAUCGAUGUCGCACCCGAAGCUUUCCGGGUUGGAUCAGAGUUGUGGUGGGGGGCAUGCGAAGAAGAACAGUUUGACGACUUGCGGAAAUGGGAAGGACAAGAAGAUUCCGAAGCGGUUGAGGAUCGUGAACUUUUGGGCGAGGACGCGAUUCGCCCAGAGAGGCUUCAUGAUCUGGAUGGUGCUUUGGAUAUCGAACAUCAUUUACAACUCUGGGUUGAUCGAGUUUAUGAUCGACAAGAAUAUGGAGGCGCAGCGAGCGGCACGAGAGGCUAGUAGGGUGGACAUCCCGGUGAGCGAUAUGCACGAUCUGAGGUCGGCCGACGCAGCAGGUCAUUUGAACCUCAACCACUUUGCCGAUGGAGAGUUGAACAGCGAGCGGACCCCAAACAUCACGGAGCAGUUGAAUCGCCUGAGACACCCGGAUUACGAGACCGUCUACCAGCUGUCCAACUUUCAUUGGUCGUCGAUCCUGAAGCAGUACAACGUUUCGCUCUCCGGACGGUACGUAACGGUUCUUCCCUCGAUCAAGCUAUCGCACGCGGUCAGUCCUCAAAUAGCUCAGAAGCUUCGCAACCCCGACGAGAAAGCGCCGCAUCACUUCCAGUGGAAGGCACUGGCCGCCGCGCUGGAUCCGCUCGACCUGAACGAUGCCGACACCGGAGACGUCCCGAACAUCAACACCGGCAACGCUCCGUUCUAUCCGAAGACGCCGAUGGAGAUCCUGCUUUGUUGCAUGCUGAUCGCCGUCAGUAUCUUCAUGGUCACGUACCUGUUGGUGAUGCUGUACCGCUGUAUGUGCACCCGGAACUACGCCGAAUGGCGAGCCAGCUGGACCGCGGACAGUGAAAACGAGCAGGAACCAAAGCAGGAACAGCGCGUGCUGGAAGGCGUCCCCAUCCAGGUCAACGGUCACAACCACCGCAUCGAGUGUCUCGUAACGGACGGCAACAUGAUCGCCAGCUCCUGUUUACAAGGUCAGGUCAAGAUUUGGGACGUAACCAACGGCGAACUGAUGGCGGAAAUCCACCGGAACAACCACUUUGACAUGCAGCGCAAGGAGGGUCAACGAUCGCCACCCGGACCUGUGCUGAUCAAGGGCGAACCCUCCAACACAAACAUCACCGGAAUGCAGGAAAUCUACCCCGAACAGUCUCCCACCAGCUUCGCCUUCAAGCUUAAAAAGAAACUUCAGUUCAACUUCACCAGCCCGAACCAAAGCCAAGAACCCAAAACCGGCAAAGAUCCGUCCCUGUUUGACUUUGCGGCGCAGUACGAGAAGAACUUUACCAGCGAUCCGGCGAACUCACAAAAGCGACUCAGCAACGGUGGGCUUGGCGCGGAGCUCCGAAACCGCUUCCUCUCGUCCUCCGGUCCAAAUCCGUACUACGAGGCGGCCACCGUGCAGCAGCGACAAAACCACAGCGAAGAAACGUCCCAAAAACCUGGCAGCAGUACGGCGCGCAAGAAAUCCUACCAAACCUCGCCGAUCUGGUGUCUGGACUUUCUGGAUAAUCUCAUCGUGAUCGGGUGCGCCGACGGGCGGCUCGAGUUCUGGGAGGGCACCACCGGCAACUUUAAGGGCAUCUACGAGACGGAGCACACCCGCAACAACGGGGUCACCAACAUCAAGCUGACCGGGGACAAGGUGGUGGCGGCCCGGCUCAGCGGCCGCAUCGACUUCCUCCGGCUUGAAACGUACACCCAGGGUCGGCAGAUCGACUGGGGAUUCACGUCCGCGUACCGGCGCACGCACAUUCGCACCGGUUCGGCGGGUAGCCUAAGCAUGUUACAGCAGCAACCGACCGGUCCGGCCAACGUUCAUCACGCCUCGGAAGAGGAGCUGCGCUGCAUCCUGGAGUUUCACCAGCAGGGCCACCAGAUGCCGGUGACGUGUCUGGAGGUGGCCGGCGGAACCGUCAUGACCGGCAGCAUGGACCACACGGUGAAGGUGUUCCGGCUGGAGAGUCACCAGCUGCAGUACACGCUGCACGGUCACUGCGGGCCGAUCUCGUGUCUGUUCAUCGACCAGUGGCAGGCGGGGAUGGGCGCGUCCGGCUGCCAGGAUGGGCUGCUGUGCGUGUGGGAUUUGAGUAGAGGUGGUUGCAUGUACAAAAUAGAGGCCCACGACGACUCGAUCGUGGCGCUCGCCUGCUCGCCCAGCUAUGUGAUCUCGUUGGGGCUGGACGAGCGGAUACGGGUGUGGGACCGGUUCCAGGGCCAGCCGCUGACGACGAUGACGGUGAGCCACGCAUACUCGGCGCUGGUGAUGCUGACGCCGUCGCUGCUGGUCACGGGGAAGCCAGGAUCUCUCAUCGUGUGGGACGUCCGGACGGGGGAAGCGGUCCGCGAGGUCAAGCUCGACUGCUCCAACUCGCAGCUCAGCCCGAAGAUUAUGCUGCCGGCGUGCGGGUCCAUCAUCUGCGACUACGGCAACCAGAUGCGCAUCGUGCGCUUCCCGCUCGUUGCCGCCGACAAGUGCGAGUAGGACGGCGAUAAUCCGAAGAGAAGAAAAGUACUCAAAAUAACAGUAGUAGCAAACCCAGGAAUUUGGAAACUAAAGAUAUACUAACUAGUGUUUAGGGAUUUUAGAUUAACGCUGCGAUUUCGUUUGACGCAAACACACCACCUAAGAGAAAACCUAACUUAUUAAGUCACCGCUCAGUUUGUUUUAGCUAUUAUUUAUUUGCCCUUAGCUAGGAGGAGAUUUCCGUUGUUUGUCGCUUUAAGAAAAUUGUUGAACACGUUGAAGGAUUCGCUUGUAGCUCUCUAAGCGCGCGCGUUAGAAAACCCACUGUUCUUUCGGUUAUUUAUUUAGUGUUACGAACCAAGUUCUAGGACUGUGAAAAUAGGGCUAAAAGGAAACAAAUAAAAAGUGCACGUGGAAAUAAAGGUGUCCUUACUACAAGUUUCGGAGAAACAAUGCAAAACAAAACUGCAGAAAACGUUCAAAAAUGGGAAAACUAAAAAUUUCAGUAGAUUGUAACGUAGUUUUUAAUCACACAAGCAAAGCAUGCAUGCAGCUCAUUACUCAAAAUCAAUUCAAAACAAACGAGAAGGCCUUUCAACUAAUGCAAAGUGGAACAUUGAAACAUCUACCUUACAGCAAGAUUAACAAAUGCAACAGAAAAAUGGAAAAUAU